AUGUCGCUUAUCGUCGCCUCCUCCCUGCUUGCCAUCGCCACAGCCCAGUACGGGAUGCCACCACCAGCUGGCCCGGGUUGUGCUCCUGCAUGUGUGGGAGGUGCAAUGUGUUACGCAGGUGCUUGUCAGUGCGCUCAGCCGGCCGUUGUCUAUAACCCUGUGGUCGGUUGUUCUCCACCUGUACCACUGGCACCAGCACCAGUGCCGAUGGCGCCAGCACCUGUGGUCGCCGGUCGUUUGAUCCCACCAGUCGAAUGCACUGGCGGCUCUGUCUGCUCACUUGGCGUCUGCCUCUGCCCACCGGAGCUCGUGCAAGAGGGUACUGUAUGCGUGAGCCGUACCGUCUACAGUGUCGCACCGCCUCCUGCAGUUGUUGUGCCAGCUAUGCCUGUAGCCCUUGGAGCACCAUGCUACACACCGGCGAGCCCUUGUGCGCCUGGUGCGCUCUGCACAUCCGGUGUUUGCCAGUGCUCUCCAGCUUACACCCCUACAGUCGGUGGAUGUGUGCUCAGGAAAUAA